AUGGCGCAAGAACUAAUUACGUGGCUAUGCAGCAAGACACAUGUGCUCGCCAUUCUCCACGAAAUACAGAUGGCGACAUUCAGAAAGACACUCGCAGUUCUCAGGGCAGUGCUGACACGUUGGAUGUCUCAUUAUCUUGCCUAUUGCCGCCUCCUUGAGCUUCGUCCUGCACUCGAAUUGCUUGUAACGAAGCACGAAGCUCAUUUGAUAUCAGGUGGAGAUGCACACUCACGCAGAAAGACUCAAACAGCCAUUGCGACAAUCAAAAACGCAACGUUUUGGCAUGCAUUGGCACGGUACAGUUCAAAAAUAAAUGUAAAAAUCGGAACUAAUGCUCUCUGUAGAUGGAAAACGUUGCUGGAGCCAAUUUCCCUCAUGACGAAUGUUCAUCAAGCAGCCCAGGCAAGACCUGAAAAUGUUGCAAUAUCAUUUGGUUUUCUGCACUUUCGCUACUCCAAGAUCAACAACAGCACUGAUCUGGCAGCUUGUACAGCUGUUCUUGCAAGCGUCGAGUGCCGCUGGGAACAGUGCAACCAGGAAGUCUUUAUUGCUGCCAUCAUUGUGAAUCCUUUCUAUAAGGUUUCUCCAUUCUGGAAUGUACCCCUCACAACGCGUGCAGGGCUUGCGACACUUUUUGCACGUCUUUGGUGCCGUUUUUACAACACUAAUGAUAUACCACUCGAUCUUUAUAUGGACUUGGACGACUAUUUGAAUAGCUCCCAUGACUUCGCAUACAUGGACAACUACAAGCUUUCACUGUUAUAUCGCGCAGAAAAGGAGGUAUGCUUC